AUGUUAAAAUUUCAAGUUAGACCUAAACAAACUAUUACAUAUACUGGAACAGAUACCUCAAUAAGUAAUGAUAAUACUCUUCAUAAAACUAUUAUAUCAAUAAAUCCAGAACCAAAAUAUUAUUCUGAUAACAAAUCUGUACACUCAUUUAACUCUACAAAUAGUUCUAAUUUUUCAUCCUCUUCUGGAAGAGUUUCUGAUCUUAUUAAUCAACAUACCAGAACAACAUCACUUUCCUCACUUAGUUCAAUUGACAGUUCUGAUACAGGAGAAUGGGGUCAUUUAAAAAUAUUUACACGUAAUAUUAAAUCAGACACAGAUUACAAGACAAUUAAAAUAUCAACACAUACAACAACAAGACAAGUUAUAAAUACAAUAUUAUCUAAAUUUAGAUUAACUUCAAAAGAUCCAAAUUUGUAUUGUUUAAUAAUGGAAAUAAAGACACCACAAUAUGGUACAAUUAUAACAACACCAUUAAUAUUAGAAGAUAAUUCAAAACCAUUAACUUUACAACGCCUUCAAACACCUGAAAUGUGUUCAUUUUAUAUUAAAAUAGAAAAUAACGGUAUUCCAGUUAAAAUAUUUGAUUAUGAAAUUAAUAAUGAAAGUAAUUAUAAAUCUAUAUUACUUUCUAGAAAAACAACAUGUAAUGAAACAUUAAUAUUAUUAUUACAAUUACUACACAUUGAUCAUAAUACUGCUUCAUACAAAUUACUCAUUGUUGAUAGAGCUGAAGAAGCAGAAAUUCCUGGCGAUAUUGGUAUAGCACAUUUGUAUACAAAAUUACAACCAAAUCAAAAGAUUAUUAUUCGUAGAUAUUAG